CAUUUUUUAAAAGUCAAUGGGAAACUAAAACCAACCAAAAGAAAGCUUGAUUUUUGGAGGUCUAAUCACAGAACCACAGAAGCGAUACGUCACAGCCAAGCCAAUACAGCAGAGCGGAAGUGGGCGGAGCUUAUACUGUAUAGUGGUUGUUGCGUUACCCAAUGCACACUGAUUUCUUUUACUAGAAAGUUAUUUGUGAUUCAACGUGAAUUACCGGAUCCCCUGCAGUACCGCCGCGGACCCCCUAGAGGUCGCGAAACCCCGGUUAAAGUCCCAUGGCUUAAAGUAAAACUGCGCGCUGUCUUCAUCAUCUGUCUCACAAACCCGGUCCAAUAUAAUCCAAAAGGCAAAUGUCUUAAAAACCGAAUGAAUGGCAGUGCAAUAAUGCAGUCUACACAACAUAACACGAGGAACUUCAGCUGGAGGAACAAUGGCGGAUCAUGUUGCUGUUCCCAGUAAGAAGGUUUUAACGAUGGACACCAUGAACCAGAACGUGAAGAAGGUGGAGUACGCAGUGCGUGGGCCCAUAGUGCAGAGAGCUGCACAGAUCGAAGUGGAACUUCAGCAGGGAGUGAAGAAGCCCUUCACUGAAGUGAUUAGGGCAAAUAUCGGGGAUUGCCACGCCAUGGGCCAGAAACCCAUCACUUUUUUCAGACAAGUACUGGCAGUCUGCUUGUAUCCGGAUCUUCUGGAUGAUAACAGAUUUCCAGAGGAUGUGAAAAGUCGAGCUCAGCGGAUCCUUCAUGCCUGCUCCGGCGGAAGUCUGGGAUCUUACAGCAGCAGUCAGGGGAUCGAGCUUGUUCGACAGGAUGUGGCUCGAUACAUCGAGAGAAGAGACGGAGGUAUCAGAAGCGAUCCGGAAAACAUCUACCUCACCACUGGAGCCAGUGAUGGCAUUGUGACAAUGCUGAAGAUGCUGAUCUCAGGUGAAGGAUCUUCUCGGACCGGAGUGAUGAUCUCCAUCCCUCAGUACCCACUGUACUCUGCCGCUCUGGCCGAACUCGGUGCCGUGCAGAUUAAUUAUUACCUGGAUGAGGAAGCAUGCUGGAGUUUGGACAUCGGAGAGCUGAAGCGUGCGCUGACGCAGGCGAGGAAACACUGCGCACCCCGAGUCCUGUGUAUCAUCAACCCUGGAAAUCCAACCGGUCAGGUGCAGAGCCGUCAGUGCAUAGAGGACGUGAUCCGAUUUGCUGCCGAGGAAAAUCUCUUUCUAAUGGCGGACGAGGUCUAUCAGGACAACGUGUAUGCAGACGGCUGUGAAUUUCACUCGUUUAAGAAGGUGCUCUUUGAAAUGGGGCCCGAGUACUCGAGCCGAGUGGAACUGGCCUCGUUUCAUUCCACCUCCAAGUGCUACAUGGGAGAGUGUGGGUUUCGAGGUGGCUAUAUGGAGGUGUUGAAUUUGGAUCCCGAGGUUAAAGUUCAGCUGACGAAGCUUGUCUCAGUGCGCCUGUGUCCCCCUGUAACUGGACAGGCGCUAAUGGACCUGGUGGUGAAUCCUCCUGAACCUCACGAACCCUCAUACCACACUUUCGUUAAGGAGCGCACGCACACUCUGGCAGAAUUAGCGAAGAAAGCUAGCAUGACGCAACAGAUUCUUAAUCAGGUGCCAGGGAUCAAGUGUAAUCCAGUCCAGGGAGCCAUGUACACGUUCCCUCGCAUCCACAUCCCACCUAAAGCUGUUUCUGCAGCUCAGGAGAACGGUCAGGCACCGGACAUGUUCUACUGCAUUAAACUGCUUGAGGAGAUGGGCAUCUGCCUCGUGCCAGGAAGUGGGUUUGGUCAGAAAGACGGAACAUACCAUUUCAGGAUGACGAUCCUUCCUCCAACUCACAAGCUGGAAGUUGUUUUGGAGAAGAUAAAAGAGUUUCAUCUGCGUUUCACACAGCAGUAUUCUUAAACCUCGCGCAAGGAGGACGCAGGAUGGAGUUAUCGAUGAGGAAAAAGUGAAGGCACCAUUUCAGCUCUGUAUUUUUCAGAGCACCGGCGAAAACCCGCGUAAUAGAAAUCAGUGAUGUUAUUUUACAUGUGAUUGAUUACGAGUUUGUGCAAUAGAGUGCUCGAGAAGAGCUGAAUUCAGAAGUAUUUGAGAUUAAAUAAAGUGUUUUAUUUCCAUUUCAUUAAAGAA